AUGGCGCACGCCCGGGUCGUGCUUCCCCGGCUGCUUGGCGCGGCGCUGUGCUCGUACUCGGAGGGGCCGCGCCCGCAGCAGACGCGUAAACUUCGGGCCUACAGGGCGGCCCGCGUGCGUCAGGACUUUCGGUCCAGAGAGCUGGCUGUGGGGAAGGAUGGUCCCCGGACCAAGUCUCCUUGGCUGGAUUUUCUCAAGAAAGCGCCCUCGGUGGUGUCUUGGCUGAGUAGCAGGACGUUUCGAAGCUCUUCGGCCUCUACUGUCAGCGAACCUGAGAACCUCAGUGAUUUCAAUGACAAAAUUAUAAAUGAGCCCCUCAAGCACUCUGACUUCUUCAAUGUCAAGGAAUUAUUUUCCAUCAGAAGCCUCUUCGAUGCCCGAGUGCACCUGGGACACAAAGCUGGCUGUCGGCACAGGUUCAUGGAGCCUUACAUCUUUGGGAACCGCCUGGGCCAGGACAUCAUUGACCUGGAGCAGACGGUGGCCCACCUCCAUAUGGCCUUGAACUUCACAGCCCACAUAGCCUAUCGCAAAGGAAUCAUCUUGUUUGUGAGCCGAAACCGGCAGUUCACACACCUGAUUGAGAACACAGCCCGUGACUGUGGCGAGUACGCUCAUACUCGCUACUUCAAGGGCGGCCUGCUCACCAAUGCCCCCUUGCUCUUUGGCCCCAGUGUCCGCCUGCCAGACCUCAUCAUCUUCCUUUAUACACUCAACAACAUUUUUGAGCCCCAUGUUGCUGUGAGAGAUGCAGCCAAGAUGAAUAUCCCCACUGUGGGCAUCGUAGACACCAACUGCAACCCGUGCCUUAUCACAUACCCCAUCCCUGGCAAUGAUGACUCACCUUCAUCCGUCCACCUCUUCUGUAGGCUCUUCCGGACAGUCAUUAACCGGGCCAAGGAAAAGAGGAGGCAGGUUGAGACCCUAUAUCGACUGCAGGGCCUUAAGGCAGCCGAGGGCCCAGGACCCAUGGACCCUCCCUCCCCAGAAACACAAACCAGGAUGGAGUUGUGUCGUUCCUGA